AUGUUUAAAUAUCCUUAAUUAACAUAUUAUGUUUUUGAUAAAUUUGUUUAAUAUAAUUCCAAAGAAAAAAUUAAUGAUUUUUUGAGUUUGAAUUAUUAAUAAAUGCUUUAAUAUAGUAAUUCAAAUUUUUUAAAAGAUUGUUUCUUGAUUUUAUUAUAAAUUAGAAAGUUGAUUCUCAUUUAAAUAACAUAUAUUUUAAGUUUGACUUCUAAGUCAUUUCAUAUAAAUCAAAAUUAUAGUUCAGCAAAUAUCACAAUAGAUUUAAUUAAUAUAAAUAAUAAAAUAUAAAAUAUGUCAAGUUCUUUAGAAAGUUAAGUAUUAUUUUCAAUAUGGAGAUUGUAUUAAUAAAAUUAAAUCUCAAUGGAAUAAAAAGGAUGUAUCAAAGGUUAAUAUUUAAUUUAUGCAAGAUUUAUUAAUAAAAAAAGAUCGCAAUUUCUACUUUAUUAUUAGCAAUCACUAAAAUUUAGAUGAAUUAUAAGAAAAGCUACUUGAGAUUUUGAAUUGUAUUGAUUUAUAAUUUUGUUCUGAUUAGGGUUCCCCAAGAGAUCUAGAUGGUGAAGAAACUAUUUGUCCAAUUAUACGAUUAAGUAAUCCAUCAAACACUCCAACAACUAUUAAAUCAUAUUAAAAUAAACCAUAAAAGAGAUUUAGAUUUUUGAGUUCAAGCAAUGAAAGUGAAAUUGCCUAAAACAAUUAAAGGCUUAGAUCAAACUCAUUCCAUUAUUAAUGA